AACAGUAAAAGAACAACAAGGGUAAGUUGAGAGUACGAGAUAUAGAGAAGCCGGAAAAUUUUGACAAUUAUUAUUAUAUUUACGGAAAUGUGAAACUGUGUUUACAAUUAUUGUCAUGAUUAUUGUACUAUUCCAAGUUUUGUACAUAUUUGGGAAGUUAAUUUAUAAUCGAUACACAAGUCGUAAACAAAGUCACGACAUUGUUGACAAAGAAUGUCCUCAUGCAAAUAUGAAUAUUUCAUUUCGAGAUCGAAAUCAAGAAAUAUUAGCCCAACCACCGGGGGAUAAUUCGGAUGAUGAAAAAGACAUGGAAACUUGUAUUAAAUUUUUUCCACCUGCAUAUAUUCAAAGAUAUGUUACCGUACAAAAGAUCCUCGAGGACGCUCGUUAUAAAGGAAAAAUACGUAAGGUCGUUGAUUUCGGAUGUUCCGAACUUGGAUUUAUGGUGUAUCUGAAAAAUACACCAGGAGUGGAAGAAAUUUUGUGUGUGGAUGUAGAUAAAGAAGUUUUAGAAUGGAGUCAGAAGAAAGCACAUCCCCUUCAUGUUGAUUAUUUACACACACGUGAUAAGCCCUUAACAAUAAGUGUUAUUGAAGGGAGUGUAACACACAAUGAUAAACUUCUCGAAAAAACGGAUGCUGUAAUCUGUAUAGAAUUAAUAGAGCAUUUAUAUCCCGACACGUUGACAGAUUUACCGGAUAAUAUUUUCGGAUACGUUAAACCACAAGUUGCUGUCAUGACCACUCCGAAUGCGGAUUUUAAUGUUUUAUUCAACAAACCAGGUUUUCGACAUUAUGACCACAAAUUCGAGUGGACGAGAGAACAAUUCCAAGAUUGGGCGGAGAAUAUUGUUUCAAGAUAUCCAGACUAUGAAGUGUCAUUCAGUGGAAUAUGUGAGGGUCCUGCAGGUUCAGAGGAUCUCGGCUGCUGUUCUCAAAUGGCAGUCUUUCAUCGACGAACAACACCAAAUGAAUUAAUCUACUCAGGUGUUGAAGGCCUUUUUAAAAUAAUAACAAUUCAAGAAUAUCCAUUUCAUGUCGAUAAUCGUUCUGACGAGCAGAAAAUUUUAGAUGACACCGUUUACUAUAUAAGAAAUUACGGAAUGUAUAGUUUGGAAUUUUCCGAAGAAGUUCCAUUGGUAAAAUUAUUGGAUCCGUUGAAAAAAUACAAUGUCUCAGUGGAAUCUCUAAAAGAACUUUUGGAGCACAACGGAUGGAAAAUCGUUGCUCGUGAAAAUGGACCCGUUGUCUUGAUACCUGAACCCUCUGACUCCGACAAUAGUUCCGGGGAAAAUUGGGACGAUUUGGAAUUUUCAUGGAACGAUCAAGAAGUUGUUGAAGACGAAUGGGACUUGGAGCCGGGUCCGCCUACCAAUAGGACAAAUAAUUUUGUCGGAGAUGCAAUCUCAAGGGAAGAUUGGAGUCAGGAUCCAGCAAUUAUUAUGGUCAUUAAAGAGGAAGAAGAACAAAGUCAAAUUAAUGAAAGGCCUACGUGUUCAAACCAAGUGCUCGAAUCCUCCAGUGAAGUGAAAAAUGAAUCUCUUUCUGAUAAUCAGAAAAAAGGAAAACCGAUCGAAAAUUCUAGUCCCCUCACUUUUAGUUUUAAAAAUGUAGUUGACAAUUCAACCGAACUAAUACCUCACAAACUUUACCAUUCAGAUUAUGAAAGUCAAUCAGUUAGUGGAUCGACAAAAUCUGAGAGAAUCACUCCUAAUGAUAAGGUGCGAAAAACAUAUCGUAAGUCGCAAAUAAAAUCUCAAGAUUCCCCUUCGGUUGCUUUGGAGGAAUUGGGAAGUUUAUGCAGUAUUUAUUUGGAAUCAUCUCGAAAUGAUAAUUCAAAAACAUGUUUCCAAGAUUUGAGUAAUCUCUCCUUUGAGAGCACACUUUCCGCUACUUCAUCACUGAAUUGCUCGAAAUUAGAGGACAAUUUAUCACUAACCGAUGAGAAUUUAUCCUCCAAGAAAGCAAAGUUUGACGGUAGUUUCUCAAAAAAUCCAUCGAUUCAAUUUCGAACCGUUCAGGAAAUUGAAGACGAACUAAGAAGAAAGUACAUAAAGGACAAGAAUUCCCAGAAAGCCGAGGAUUGUCUAAACGAAUCUGAUCUUUGGGAAGGAUUACAAACACCGGAAUCAAUCAGCAGAGACUUCUCCGAAAGCAGUAGUCAAAUAUCGCUUCCAAAUUUCAAUUCCAGCAACGUAUCGACAUCGUCUUUAGAAAAAUCGACGACAUCUGAGGAAAUGUACAAAUCAACACCAAUAGAUUUAAAGAAGAAAAAUUUACAAACGCGCAACACUGCCGACAAUCCACCAAAUUCAUCUAAUGUACAUAUCAAAACAUGUUUAGAUAAUUCAUCAAGUGAUUUACAAGGGUCUUCCAAAAACGUGAAUAAAAAUAUAAAUUCAAAAGAUUCCAAAGAAAUGAAAAAUUUCAAUUAUCUCGACGAUAAGGAGAAAAAUCGAAAAUGUGAAACUGUGAUAAAUGAAAUGGAAAUUGUACGCGAUUAUUCUGAAUUUGAAAGAAUGUUUGCAAGAUGUCCGGAGAAUUAUGUUUUCGAUGAUUCGCGUGCAUCGAAAGUUUUAGAUCUAUCGGAUGUUUCGGAAAUGAAUCCAGUGUCUUGUGAGAUUUUAGACACACCGCCAAAUAGUUCAUCACCGGAAAUAAUGGAUUCUGGUUAUCCAAAUUCAACGUCGGUACACGAUAUGACUCCGGAAUACGAUUUACCAAGUAUCGAGCAAGACAGAAUUUCCCAUUCCGAAUCGCCAAGUAUUGAGCACGAUAGAAUUUCCGAUUCUGAAUCGCCGAGUAUUGAAGAAGCACCGAGACCUGGAUUUCACGAAUUGGAAUUGGAAAAUGGCGAUCUGGCGAAUAAUAAUCGUGAUGAUGAGGGUAAUAAUAUGAUCGCUGCCGAGGAGAAUGAUAAUGAUGAUCUUCAACCACUCAUUCAUGUACUCGCCAACGAUAGAGAGAAUGAAAAUGAUAUUUACGUUUUGCAAAAUGGUUUUCCCGCUUGGUUACUUCGAAUAUUGCGAAUGCAGGAAAUUGGAAUUGGUCAAGUUCCCCGUUUUGGUCCCUUAGAUCCGGUAGAUGAUGGAGAAGCCGCCAAUUUAAAUAUCAAUGAAGAUUUCAGCAGCUCCUCCGAAGAUGAUUAAGAAUUCGAAUGGAAAAAGAAGAAAGAAAAAAAAAGAAAAAAGGCAAAGAGGUUCAUGAAAUAUUUGCUCAUUGAAUGAGAAACAUCUUGAGGCUGAUUAUUUAGUGAUAAUUCAAAACCCCUGGUGCGAAAAAAAGAAAUA